UUCAGCUAGCGCGGGUUAGCGGGAAAAGUGUUACGUCUACGGAUUUGUUGUGUAGUUUGUUUUUGGUUUUUUGAUUGUGAAUUGUUACCUUUAGAAAAAUGCCUUCAAUACAGUUAAGGCACUGUGUUAUACUUUUAUUAAUAUGAACUAUUGUGACUAUUCAUAAGUAACAAGACAAACAAGCCAUGGGUAUUCAAGGUCUUAUCCCAUUCUUAGAGAAAGCUUCAAGGAAAGUAAAUGUUGGCCAGUACUCAGGCUGUACGGUUGCCUUAGAUGCCUACUGCUGGCUGCACAAGGGUACCUUCAGCUGUGCAGACAAGCUUGCCCGGGGAGACAAAACUGAUGCGUAUGUAACUUAUUGUAUGAAGUAUGUAAACAUGUUGCUUUCCCACAACAUCAAACCAAUCUUGGUCUUCGACGGACGUCACCUCCCAGCAAAAGCAGACACAGAGAAAAAAAGAAGACAGAACCGUGAGAUGAACAAGCGGCGAGCAGCCGAGCUGCUACGUCAGGACAAGCCUAACGAGGCCCGCACAUUCCUCCAGCGCUGUGUCGAUGUAACUCACACAAUGGCCGUAGAACUGAUGCGAGAAUGUCGCGCACGUAAUGUGGACUGCAUCACUGCACCAUACGAGGCUGAUGCGCAGCUCGCUUACCUCAACCUUGCAGGGAUCGCUCACAUCAUUAUCACUGAGGACUCGGACCUGCUGCUCUUCGGCUGUACUAAGGUAAUAUUCAAGUUGGACCUAAGCGGUAACGGCCUGCUGGUAGAACAGGAGAGACUACACCUGGCGAUGGGCAUCAGUCCAAGCAGUUUCAGUCUGGACAGGUUCCGGCACAUGUGUAUCCUCUCCGGAUGUGACUAUCUGCCUUCUCUACCCAAAAUUGGUUUGGGCAAGGCUUGCCGCUUCAUCAAGAGCACAGUUGACCCCGACAUACACAGGGCUCUGUCACGUCUGGGAGGCCACUUGAACAUGAAUAUUGUGGUACCACUGGAGUACAGAGAUAAGUUCAUGGAGGCCGAUGCAAUGUUCCGUCACCAGCCUGUGUUCGACCCCCUGCGGAAGAAGCUUGUUCCACUGACCCCUCCGGCACCAGGAGCUCCCCCACCUCCCCUGCUCUCCCAGGAGCCACUAGAUGAAACGCAACUGCUACAGCUCGCAUUGGGUAAUCUCGACCCCUUCACUCUGACUAAAGUCGAUGACUGGAGCCCUGACAAACCCAUGAAGGCCGAGGGCCGCAGCAAUGGCUGGAACGCGAGGCUGAUCGCCCCGCACAAGAGUAUCUGGUCGGCAGACUACAAGCCUCAGCCAGUGGUGACCCAGCAGCCUGACCCUUGUCAGGUCACGAGGUCAUCCACCUCUGGGAGGAUCGUGGAGAAGAGUGUGGAGAUCCCAAAGUUGUCGGCUAAGCGUCCAUCUCAGACUACAGAAGAAGAGUUGAACUCAAUACGCUCCCAAUUUGGGAUUUCUCCUCAACCGACCAAGAAGCCUCGCCAAAAUGCCGAAGAUAUCCUGGAUCUCUUGGACAAGACGGACCACACACCUCCAAGGUCAGAUGAGACUCAAUCCCAGCUGUUGGAAUCACCAAGGAAGACAAACCCGAAUCCAUUCACUAAGACAACACCCUCUAGUGCCAAUAAGUUCAGCGGAUUGUCAAAACUAGCUCAGUUCAGGCGGACUCCUGUCAGUGGAUCAAAUGUACAGAGCAGAUAUUUUAAUAGUCAGCCUGUCAAAAAUAUUAAUGAAAAUGAAUCCAAGACAAACACCCUUAAAGAUCUCAGUAACGUUUUAGAGAAUCAGGUGCCAGAAACUGGCAAAAUGCAUAUUGCGAACCAUGUAGAAAAACUUUCUGAUGGAAAAAUCAGUUCCUUGAUUGAAGACUCGAGCGAAGAUAUCAAGGAGGAAAGAAGUGAUUUAGGCCAAACAGAUGGAAAAGAGAACUGCUCAGAGGCUGUGAAGCCCAGGCGUGAAAACACUUUUAAAUGGAAGCCUUCUCUAGCUGACAUGUUUGGGUUUAAGAGCAAAUCUUUGCCUUCAUCUCCGUCAGUGCAGAAGAGUUUCGUGAACCCUUCAAAAGAUGAAUCAGAUGCUCAAGAGGAAUCUGAUUGCUCUCAGAAUACUCAGUCAAGCGUAAAGGACACCAAACCUACAAGUCGAAACCCGUUUGCUAAAGUGAAGAAAUUGGAUGACUGUACAAAAGUGGAAGAGGAGAAUGAUCGUUCAAGUAGUUUGGGGUCUCAGGGAUUCUCCUUAAGUCCAGACUCUCAGUCGGACGUGUUAACACCGGACACCUUUAGUGAGGAGUCUACAGCAAGUAUCACACCUCGACGUCAAGUGAAGGUGGGCCUAAGCAAGCGACAGAGCACUGGUUGCCAGAAAAGUCUGCUGUCCAUGUUCGCCUUCAAACCUAGGUAA